AUGACUUCAACCAACACUACUCCAAUCUCAAUCGCCUCUUACCCGCAGCGACACUUUGACAAAGUCAUCGAAGCGUGCAACAAGUUUGAUGGCGACCUGAGCACGACUUGGAAAUUCUACAUGCUCGACAACUCCCGGCCUGUGGGAUUCAUGAGGGAGGAAUUCGCCAACAAUAUUCAAUGGGGAAUUGCUGCUUUCAAGGUCAGCAAAGAAGCGAAGACGAUUCACCUGGAUCCAACUCUGGUCCCUGGCGAAGACGCAACUGAGAGAUGCCAGGAAGAGUUUACAAAACUCUGUGAAAUUAACAAGACGCGAUUCGUUGACCUUGAGAAAUGGCUGAACAGUAAGUCGAAGCCGGAAUUCCAGGCUGUUAGAUGGCUCGAUGUGCCCGGGGCCAUGUACAAGAUGCCCACUCCGCUUCGAGGAAUUUGUGGCAUCGCGACAGCCGGUGUACAUCUCAACGUAUACACCGUCAUCGGUCAACAACGGCACAUGUGGGUUUCGCAGCGGUCAAUGAAUUCCACUUAUCCCGGUAUGCUGGACCAAACCGUGGCUGGCGGCAUGGAUUACACGGAUGACUACAACCCCUGGGCUACGUUGGAGCACGAGGCCUCCGAGGAGGCCAAACUUGUUCUGGACACGGCAACCGAAAAGAUGACCUACAAGGGCGUCGAGGUGGGCCUUGUCCGAGGGCCCUUCCGCAUGACAUUAUACGACAAAAAGGAUAAGAAUGCGGGUGGCAACGAAGGCACCCUUGAGCCGAGUGUGUGUUUCGUGUUUGACAUGGAAGUGCCUGCUGACUUUGUCAUGGUUCCCGGCGAGGACCAGUCAUUCCAGUUGAAGUCCAUGAAGGAAGUCGUGGACCAGCUUGGUGCAGGUCAGUGGAAACCAAACUCGGGCCUCGCCACGCUUGAAUCCUUGCUGCGCAAUGGUUACAUUGUGGAUAGAGGAGACGGUAUGGUGGUGGAGCUUCAGAAGAAGCUGCAGAGAGGGCUUCCGAUGCGAACUGCACAUUGUGAGGAGGAGUAUUCAUUAGAUGAUUAG